AUGAGAGAAGAAUGCACCAAACUUUCCGUGGAGCUCGACAAACUUGUAGAAAAUCAAAUUGUAAGUGAAACGUGUGUUGAUCAAUUGAUAGUAAUUUAUAUAAAGAAUCUCCGUAAUGAAAUCAUUCACUAUCGAAAAUUGAUGGAGAAUGCGGAGCAUUUGCGUACAACAACUACAAGCCAUGUCGUGAUUGAAACUCCAGCAUCUGGUCUUCGAACAACUUCUUAUCAUGCCUACGGCUCAGCUUAUGCCGAUGCCAACACUGAAAUGCAUAUUGCGCCUUGA